UCAGAAUUCGGUGGGAAAAAAAAGAAUAUGGGCGAGGUUUGGGAUUUGCAAUAUAGGGUUUCGAAGCGUCGUCGUUCAAUGGCUCUGGCCAAGGUCCAGGAGAUCGUCUCGGCCAAUCCGGUCGUCAUCUUCAGCGAGAGGUAUGAGUCCUACAGCGUGUGCGUGAAGCAGCUCUUCUUUCUAAAAUUGGGAGCCCCUUACAAGGCUAUUGAUUUGGACGAUGAGAAGCGCUAUAGUUCAGUCUUCCUACUUAUGAACGUUUUUUUUUUUUUCAGUGGACAGAAACAAUUUAACUGUGGUGAUGCAAUUGAGAUACAUGCUGCACUUGCUAAGUGGACCGGACAGAUGAGACUCCCCAGCGUAUUCAUCGGUGGAAAGCACAUUGGUGAUUGUCUCAAAACCUGGGAUUUGCAUCAUGAAGGAAAGCUGGUCCCCCUGCUCACUGAAGCUCAAGUUGCCUGCCCUCUAGCUCAGGUUCUUACCGAAAGUCCUGAAGACGAAUUUCCUCAACCAACCCUAGAAAAAAGAAAGAGUUUGGAGUGAACUAGAAUAAUUUUGUUCUUGUGCGUCUAUUACUCUUUUCCAGAAUGUCGUGCACAUUAAACAUGAAGGGCUUUAUACAUCGUUCAGUGAUUCUAUAUUUCUGAUUUGAUUUGCUCU